AGAUUGUAGAUUGCAAAGCAACUGAUGGCUUCCUCCAAGAAAAAGAAACCUUCCAUAUUGCGACGCUUGGCUGUAACUGAGUCAGAUGAUAUUAGCAUGUCUGACACAUUAACUGCUAAUAUCAAUGAAGAAAGAAGAAUCCCCGAAGAAGUACGCGGAACGGCAUGUGAUGAAGCGGCAGAUGUUUUAUCAAGGGUUGCUACAUUUGAUAAAAGAACGAAAGGUAGUUUACACGAGGUGUAUGAAGAAAUAGAAGAUAUUCUAAAGAGUGAUAACUGCUUUCCUGAAGUAAAAGAGGAAAUGUCAGCAGAGUUUGGGGAUAUAAACAAAGUGGUCCAUCUACAGAAAGAUGACGUGUAUGAAGAACUUUGUCCUAUUGUUAUCACAGGUUUGCAUUUUUUAUUCCAGGUUUCAUUUAAACUAGCUGUCAAAUUACAUGAAAUUGGUAUGUAG